GGCGUCCACACGUGUAAUAACUAAAUCUUGAAGUGAGCCUAAGUAUCAGGUAUAGGGGGUGGCUGUGUACGUUCAGCCACACGCGUGGCUAUGAUUGGCAAGACAAAUCAUACAUAUGACCUACGUACCUAGGUCUUAGGUCCCAGUUAGAUAUGUUACGAGAGCCUACUUAAAGUCUUAAUUCACUAGGUUCCUAUAGCUUUUCUUGGAAUCUACCCAACUCACCAUCCUCCGGCCCCAGUAUGUCACCUAUCCAGGAACUCCCGUCGGAGUUGCAACUUCGUGUGGCCGAGUUGUGCCCUCUACCUACUUUGUCCUCUUUGGUGGCAACCUCUAAAGCAUUUCAUCAACUUCUCACCCCUGUUCUGUAUCGGGAGGUUGAUCUUAGUUCUCACAACGGCCCUGAUAUUCCUUUGAGAACUGAGUCCUUCAAGGUCCCAUCCGACUGGCCUGAUACACGUAGAAAUAAUAAACUUAUCGACGAUAUUAUGUAUGAUAAGCAGCGAGCGUUCAUUAGAACCCUGCGUUCGCAUCUAUCGCUAGGUAAACACGUUAAAGUCCUCCGCUGGACAACAGUUGAUUGUUCGGAUCACGCUAUUAUGAAUAAGAUCUCGCCAAUCUACAGUCGAUGCAACGAAGGGACAAUUUCGCCACGGGAACUGCGGGCGGCAAUGGAGGAAUAUGACUUUAAUGGCUACAACUCACGUCUUUGGGAUACGUUCGUCGCGCUCCCUCAUGUUCUAGAAGUCGACAUCGCAUUCCUAAACGAAAGAAGGGAGGCCUGCCCACCCCCUCCAUUAUUUCAGCAAGUCCAAUCUUUGCGACUGUCGGGAAUCGCCUCCUCGUUCCUAAUUAGGUCGAUUCUCAAAUCUGCUAACCCUGGAUCGGUCAAGCAUUUACAUCUCAAUAACCUAAACCAAUUUGCGGAGCUUGAAGGCAUACCAGAUGAACUAACACUUCGAGAGAAAGGGAAAAUAAGACCUUUUCCCCGGCCUACGGGUAGUGCCGGUCCCAUGCGUACACAUCUUUCAGAGUGCUCUAGUAGAUGGUCUAACCUCCAGAGCCUAAUAAUUGACACGGUCGGUUUUGCUGGGCUACCGGAUAGGGAUGAUGCGAGCGUUGAAACUUUGGAGACCGAAGACGCGCGCUACCGGGAGCUCGCCGCGCUCGUUAGAUCUGUAGCAAAGACUCUCCGAGUAUUUCGAUUUCAGCAAGGGCCGACGGAGGACCGCUACAAAAACGGUUGGCGCCAUCCGCCGCACGUAAGAGGCGCGGCACUUCGACCUCCCCAGGACGGCUUGCGACCUAUGGAUGCUCUCUUCAUCAAACAUAUCUUAAGCUCUAUAUUGGAGAGCAAGUGGCCGCGGCUAGAAAAGAUAGAGCUCUUUGGGGUGGCAUCACACACGAGCUACCCGAACCGACAAGCGCCGUGGGUAAACUCUCCGUUGUCCGACAAGACGUUGUUGGAGAUAAGGACAGCGGUUGGUCCUAACACGGUUCUUGAUAUACGGACCGACGCCACGAGAGUCUUCUGGCGUACAGAUGAGAAAGAUUCAGGCGUACCCGGGCUCGAUGAAGAAGACUGGUCCGAUGAUGAAGAUUAACUGUACAAUUCCGAUUGCUCAAUGGAUGUUGAUGCUGGCACAAAAAGGGUAUUCGAAUAGCGGUAAUGCCGAUCUUUUUCUAAAUUAUUAAUUGAUUAUAGCUGAUGUUUAUCACUAUUCUGUGUACUUCGUAAGGAGAGAACACGCGGUUAUGGAAGUCUUUCGAGUUUUUCGGGAAGUUCACCGCUUUCAGCGCACAGCAGGUAAUGGACGUAAGCAUUACGCUCCGAAAUAUAACAUUGUUUAG